GCGACGGGGAGGUAUUUACAGUUCGGUAACCCGUAAUAUACGUUUAAAAUCUACUCCAUUAAAAAAAAAAAAAAAAAAAAAAAACAUGGCAUGAAUGGUCCCUACAUACCUUAAAACAGGCCUACAUUGCACCUGAUCCAGACUCACUCAAUUGCCAUUUGUUAGGCAUGGGAUGUAGGUGUUCGUUGUCGCAAAUUAAAUAAUUAGCAAAGAUCAAUGAACGUGAUACUGUGGUCAAUAUGCGCCUGAGGCGAUCUAAUUGAUUUGGGCGUGGGCUGCUGGGGGCUUUGGUCUACAGCAACCGGGCGUUCUGGAACAAUUUGCUGCCUACCUAUCAUCUGUCAAUCUGUGGUGUCCCACGUGGUCAAGGGCGGUCUUAUCUGGAGUUGAAUGUGCAACUUUUAAUGAGGCAAACAAUUGCAUGUGCUUCAGUGCUUGUCGCACUUAGUCUGCGCAAGACACAGACAGUCAACCUUGUAACGCAGCGAGCUACACGUCAAGAGGCACCUCCUUACCCCUUUGGGAUCCGCAUCGCAAGCAUCUGUUCGCGGCGUGGACCAGUUGCACACCUCCUGUUCCAAUACCAGAACAUUAAAAGCCUGUGGCCGGGUGAUGUGGAUGUGUCACACCCGUCCAUUUUAGUCCACGGAGGCUGUUAAGGAGUAUCACCACCCAGACGCGUAAUUCCCAUUCCGUCCACUUUUUCAACUUCUAAAACGGGGAUUUCAGCAUGGAUUCCUUGCACGACUCUGCCGGGGACAGCAAGUCGUCUGUAUGUCAGUGCGCACCCAAGCCCACCGUCCACCGGUGGUCUCCCGGGCUCGCCGUGGCCGUGUGCGUGCUCAUGUCCCUGAGUUCAAUCAGCGUGUGUCUGCUGAUGAGCUUCAAGACUCUCCAGUUGGAGCAGAGACUGAAGAUGGAACUGGACCGAGCGACUCAAUUCAACCCGGCGCACGGGAGUUUCUUAGACGAGGAUGGCAGUCUGGUUCCGGAGCUGAGCACCUCCGUGGGGAAGCUAGUGGAAGAGAAAGUCAUGGUGCUGAUGCCAAAAAGCAGAACAACUCGAGAUGUUGGGCAAGAAUGUGCCUGUCCUCCAGGGCCUCCCGGAAAGCGUGGAAGGAUGGGAAGAAGAGGGGAACCGGGUAAGUGAAGCCCACCACCUGGCAAAGCGGGACGGGAUGGAUACCCGGGUCCACUUGGUUUGGAUGGUAAACCAGGACUACCAGGUCUCAAGGGAAGCCAGGGACCAGCCGGGCCCAAGGGAGAAAAGGGUGACCAAGGAGACAUUGGACCAAGGAUGGUCUAUCCGAGAUACGAUCACAGCUUUCUCUCUGGUGGCCAGUCCAGCACCUUUCAGAGACGUUUUCUGAAGGGUGACCAAGGCCAGGCUGGACCUGCUGGCCCGCCUGGCCCCCCAGGACCUCAAGGUCCCAGGGGCCCCCCUGGGAACACCGGCAAAGAUGGACCUCGUGGCCCAGCAGGAGAGCCAGGUAUUCCAGGUCGUGAAGGCAUUGAGGGUCCUCAAGGAUUACCUGGAAACUCGGGAGAGGAUGGGGAACCUGGAUAUCCUGGACCACAGGGUCCUCCAGGGACAAAGGGCGGGCCGGGUAUAGGAGAAAAAGGAGAGCGGGGCAUGGAUGGAUUACCAGGAUUAAAGGGAGAUAAAGGAGCAAUUGGAGACCAAGGUCCCAUGGGUUAUCCUGGUGAAAAGGGCAUUUCAGGCUCCUCGGACAUCAUUGACUUCAAUGGGAAGCUUCUUGAUGCGUUCCAGGCCAUCAACACAAUCAGUAUUUCGGGCCCACCUGGACCACCUGGCCCCACAGGUCUCCAAGGAGAAAAGGGGGAGCUUGGUUUACCUGGUCCAGGUGGAGUGGAUGGGGAAAAGGGAUCUAAAGGUGAUGUGGGUGAGAUAGGGCCACAAGCAGAAAGAGGAGAAAAGGGAGAGAUGGGUCUUUCUGGGCCUGCGGGUAUGGACGGACAGAAAGGAGAGAAGGGCGACUGCAGACUGGAUGACAACCUGGUUCAAAUGAUUUCCCAGCCAGGCCCACCAGGCCCGCCAGGAGUUCCUGGGUCACCUGGAUCCAUGGGGCUGCAUGGAAUGCCUGGUCCAAAGGGGGAGCCAGGAGAUGGGAUCAAGGGUGAGAGGGGGGAUACCGGUAUGCCAGGACCCAAAGGAUUGGACGGCCCUCCGGGUACACAUGGGUCUCCCGGCCUUGUGGGUCUUCCAGGGGCCAAAGGAGAAAAAGGCAGACUCGGGGAACCUGGACUUGAUGGUUUCCCAGGCCUAAUGGGAGAGAGAGGUGACAGGGGUGAACGAGGAGAUAAGGGUGACAGAGGAAGUGUUGGAAAAAGAGGACUGAAGGGUCAGAAGGGAGAACAGGGUCCUCCAGGCCUGGACCAACCCUGUCCUGUGGGUUGUGAUGACAAAAAAGAUGUAUCUGUUGAAGGAGCACUUUCUUCUCCUCCACCUCAUCUUCUUCCUCCUUCCGCCCCUGUGGUCCCCUGUCCUGUGGGACAUGAUGGCCUGCCCAUACCAGGCUGCUGGCACAAGAAGAUGGCCAGGCAGAAGCUUAAACGCAAGCGUCUUAUUCAGCCAUGAAUGCCAGCAGGAGGGCCUGCUGAGGACAAGGACAUGUAGAGGGGCAGAGGGCACAGAGGCAGAUUGGCCUUUAAGGAGCAGAAGAUGCCUUGCAAGCCUGUGUGUCUUAAAGAACACUUAAAUCCUCCAAUAUGAAAAGUCUUCUCGAGGGGUCGACAAAUCCACUUGCGCAGUCCCCUGGAUGCUCUGGCUGAUGUCGGUGACGUCACUGGAACAUCGCGAAGGAUUGACAGCACGUUAUGAUUUUAGUCAUCACUCGUUUGCCUGUGUAGUGAAAAUCUUGCCUAAUUAACUGCAUAAUUAUAACACAUUGUGGAUGAGUAUAAUAGAAAUAGCAUUUUAAGCACUCUUAUAGGUUUUUGACUUUUUUUUUCCCCCACUUGUGGCAGUGGAAACCUGUUUGUUGUCCAGUUACAUUUUGCAUUCCUAUGCAUUGCCAUGUUUAUUGAGCGAUUUGAAGGAGCCGUUACAGUAUUCAUAGUAAACCAGUGCAUCAGUCAACAGGGCUUAUUGGUUGAGUUUUAAUUACCUUAAAACCUUCCAUUUCCACUUGUAAUUUAGUUUGAUUGAUCAUGGUCUUUUAAUCCCAGAUGAAGACAUUUUUGUUCUCUCUUGCUGCUGACAAAUUUGUUCUUUGUAUGAUGUUUUUUUUAAUUAUUAUUUUAUUAAUAUUAGUAAUUUAAACUGAUUGGCUGACCCAAGUAUUUUAUUUUCUUCAAAGGUCGACCAACUUUUUUGUUUGGAAUUCAGUUUUAUUUAGUAAUCAUGUACUGGCUUUGAAUGCCAGUAAUGUUACCUUUUUGUGGACCUUGUUUAAGUUGUCACAAAAAGGUUUCAGUCCAAGCUGUCAGAGGACUUUUAUUGGUGUUUUUGUCUUUGCAACACAUUUACUUGGCCUGAACAAUUUGUUUACUUAGUUGGACUUCCUAUAUAUUUGCAAAGUCUCUUUAAAUGUGGCAUGAUUAUUUAAAGAUACAGGAUAAAUAUAGUUGUUUUUGCUACAUGUACACAAUACAGAGAUGACACCAACAUAACUACUUUUUGUAAACAGAAAAGUGCAUUACAUAUUCUUUAAGAACAUCAGUAAACCAAUAUUUUUAUCUGAUAUUCAGUCCGCAUCAUGACUGACAGUUGGAAAUUGUUUAACUUUUAGUUGGCCGUGCCACCUGCAAUUGGCUGGCCACCAGUUCAGGGUGUACCCCGCCUCCUGCCCUUGUGAGGAUAAGCGGCUCGGAAAAUGGAUGGAUGGAUGGUUGUGAGACAGAAUUGUUUUGCAGUUGUAAUAUUUCCUCGUAUCCCGCAAUAGUUAGCAAAUAGGUUCAAGAAGUUCAAGUACUUGUUAAAACAUUUUUUGUAAAACUGAAAUUUGCUCGAUAGAAAAUUUACAGAUGACCUACUUAAUCUAACUUGUUUUACUGCUUGUUUUUUCAUCAUUAUCAAUAUUCAGGCCAGAUUUGCCAAAUUUCAAUACUGAUGCAAUAAAAAAUCUUAGUGGAAGGAUGUGCAGGUUCAGUGUCAGCAAAUCAAUUUAAUUGUACAUAAACGCUCACUUAUGUAGUUCCAUAUAAAAGGUUUUCUUAAUAUGAAAAGUUUAUCCAUAUAAGAUAACAUAAUACAAACAUCAAAAAUCUAAAUGUUAACACUAACCGGUUUACAGUACCGGUAACUGUAAAGCAUACAAGUGUUGCGAUUUUACUGGAAGCUGCGUGGUUGUCUGUAAAUUAACACGGGAUUUCUUUUGCAGAUUCUGUCAGUUUAAAUGCUUAACGGAGUCAGUAAGUAGCACAAUGUCGAGUGUUUGGUGUUGUAGCCAAUAAUAUAUCACAGUAUUAGCUUGACUUUGUGAGAAUGUUCGGUUGUGUAUUUGGUUGAAAAGGAAUUAAGCUAUUUUUGUAAUUGCCUAAAUGUAUGCGUAACUUGGGUCAAUUUAACAUGACUGAAAUGAACUAUGGCUUUAUGCUUUCUUUGUCCCUUACAUCAUAUGCGUUGCAAUUGAGUUAACAUCAAUAGGCAUUAUUUUGCCUCCAGCUGCAACUAUUACUCAUAAUGUUUUGGUUUAUGAAGAGGAUUUUAAGGAUUGUGACCAGUUUUCUGUUGUUUCUUGCAUGAGUGUGUUAAAACACUUCAAAAUGUUAUUUUAAAACUCACAAAUAUGGUAUGACAAGGACAUCGAAGGUAAAUGUUGAUCUCAAUUUUCCAGUUACAUUUGAACUAAUGUAGGGACAAACUGUUUUCAUGUCUUUUGUAAGUGAUGAAGAAGUCCAUUCUGAGACUAAACGACAGGAUAGACAAACCUGUAGUUUAGUCUGGAAAACAUAUUAGAAAAGUGACAUUAACAUAUGCCUUGAACUGUUUACAUCAACUCUGAACACUGUUUUUAGUAUCAAA